CUUUGAUUAGAUUGGAUUUGGAAUAUACAUUUUUCGUUUGUUUUCAAUUCUUUCUAGCGUUUUGUGGUUUGUCAAGAAGUGCUAAAAUGUACAAUGAUAAAUUUUCUCAGCCGUAGACUGCUACCCAAGGUUCAAAGCGACGCAAUCGAGGAUGAUUCGCAUCCCGUUUCUAACUUGAUUUCAGCAGAUCUACAGAAAUUGCAAGACGGGUUCUUAGCGUACUCAGUGACAAAACCACCAGUAGAGAUUAUUUUCCAAACAUUUUGUCCAAUUAGCAUCAACAGUAUUAAACUGUGGCCACGACUGGGUAAUCUUCGCAGUACUUCUUUUGAAAUUUUUGCGCAAAACAGAAAAGGCAACUUCGACAAAAUUGGAUUCGGAGAAUCUCAAGAAACAGAAUGUUUCGAAUUUGUAGAAACUCAUAUGGGAACUACCCGCGCAAAUGCCGUAUCCAAUCUUUCGAAAAAACAAUUUAUUUUAUUUCCAACAAUGCAACACUUAAUUACCCAUUGCUCGAUUAUUAAAGUUGUCAUCCAAAAAACAGCUCGCUGUGCGCCUGUGCUCAGAAAAGUGGAAAUAUGGGCUGAAGCAGCAAAUAGCAAUAAGCAACGUGUUAAAAGCCAGGUCAAGGCAAUGUGGUUUGGAAACACGGAAACCAAACAAAGUAAUAGUAAAGAAACUAAAGUCAAUUCUGAUUCUUAUGACAAAGACAUUCCCGAUGAAUUUUUAGAUGAGUUGACAUAUGAUAUAAUGACUAUACCCAUGAUUCUUCCAUCAGGAAAGGUCGUUGACCAACGUACAAUCGAGCAGUGCAAUACAGCAGAGCAAAAAUGGGGCAGACAACCCUCGGAUCCUUUCACAGGCUUACUUUAUACUGAUAGAAGAAAACCAAUGUUUAACGCACCAUUGAAGGCUCGCAUUGAUCAAUUUCUGAUCAAACAUUCUGCCACCAAUAAAUACCAGCAUGUGCCCAGAACUGCAGGUUUCAAAAUACAAACCUCCAGAGAACGCUUAACAUAUCCUGUUGCUAAGAGGCAGAAAUGUUUACAGCCGACCGUUUUAAAUUUAUCUUGUUCUUCGCUAGAAAGUGCAGUUCUAGAUGUUCUUGCAACCACCACUAGAUAUACUUUGUCCGAUCCUAUUUCCGGAGAAACAAACACAGCGUGUCAUAUCUGCAUGGUGCGAUCAGACAAUAUCUACCGGAUUACGUUAUGCAAUCAUCUGAUAUGCCGCAGUUGUCUGAACAAUAAAGACAAAUUAUCUUUUAUGUGUACGUGUGGCACGAAGUUUGAAAGUAAAUUCAUUGAAAAGUAUCAUAGGUGAAACAAACAACAAAUGUCACAUCGAUCGAGUAAAAUUAAUAAGUUAAUCCAUAACAGAUGUUUGAACUGCAACAAUGUAAUAUCGUAUUGCAGGAUAAACUGCUGAAGUAACAUUUUUUUUUUAUUUUUGAAGAAAUCAUUAGGGUUGCUAACCGCGAAUUUGUUUAUUCAAUCCGGGUUGGAACUGGAUGAAUUUUAUCUGUCAGAUAGGAGCAAAUGAGCACAAACAAAUUCGACAUAAAACAGAUUGAACACGCUAGGUUAGUACAAAUAAGUCGUGUUUAUGUGCAUUGUAUGCAUAAGCAAAAUUUAAAAAGGGCGAAUAAGCCAACAGUCAAACAGAACGAGUGAGAGUUCAUUUUCCUAUGCUGCUCCAGCAAAAAAAAAAAAAUAAUC